CUCAAAUAUUUUAUCUGGAGCUUCGAAUAACCACUGAUAAAAUCUUACUACUAAAUGAGAAUUUAUUGCACGUUUCUAGCGGUUAUAUCCUUUGUAUCAGCCAAACGUUGCGGUGCUGAUGGAGGGUUCAGUUAUGGCUUAGCGCUUGCCACGCAGCCACAUGGGGUGGCAUCUUGUCUGUGUGCUGAGAUGGCGAAAAAAUACGCACUUGUCAAUAGAGCACCUUCAGACGGUUUCAAAUUUGAACUCGCAAAAGCUAAAAUAGCGAAGUUUCUACAAAAACUGAGAGCGGAGAUAAUUAAGGCAAAGAAGUAUGGUGGUUCUGGGAGAUUUGGAUGCGCUGUCGUGAGCAAAUAUGGCCAUGCGCUUGCCGUUUGUUAUGUUCCUCAAGAUAACAGAUGUUAGAUAAAUGUUCUCUUGUUUUGUAAAUCACAUGUCGAACAAAUUAAUAAAUUCCUGACAGCA